AUGGCUCACCCCUGGUGGUACUGUGGAGGGCUGGGGCAGCCGGCUGAUGCUGCGGUGUCCGGGGUGAUGCUGGGGACACCGGGGCAGGCGGGGCACGGCCGCCCGUGCCGCCAGCGGCACCUCCCCGCUCCCCCCCCUCCUCCUCCGCUCCCUCUUCCUCCUCCUCCCGUCUCCCUCUCCCGAGCCAGCCCGGCCGGGGGAGGAGCCGUCCGCGCACAAAACCUCCCGCCCGGCCCCUCCGGGCCCCGCACCGGCACCGGCACCGGCGGCGCCCAGCGCCCGCCCCGGGCCAUGCGCGCCGCGGCGGGGCCGGGGCCGGCGGGGCCGGGCCUGGCGGGGCGGCUGCUCCGCACCUGGGCGCGCCUGGCCGGGGGGCGCGGGGGGCGCCGCGCCGCCCCCGAGGACGACGAGGGCGGGUUCCGGGGGGGGUCGCGGCGGCGGCUCGGCGGGGCGGCCCCGGCGGCGGCUGCGGGGGGCGAUGCGGGGGGCGAUGCAGGCGGCGGGGAGCGGCCGCCGGGCGCGCAGGGGCUGCGGAACCACGGCAACACCUGCUUCAUGAACGCCGUGGUGCAGUGCCUGAGCAACACGGCGCCGCUGGCCGAGCGCCUGGCGCUGGGCCGGUACCGCGCCCGCGGCGAGGUCACGCACCGCCUGGCGGCCCUGGUCCGCGCGCUCUGGACCCGCGACUACACCCCGCAGCUCUCCGCAGAGUUCAAGAACAUCGUCUCCAAGCACAGCUCCCAGUUUCGGGGCAAUGCUCAGCACGAUGCACUCGAGUUCCUGCUCUGGCUGCUGGACCGAAUGCAUGAGGACCUGGGCGCCGCCUCCCCCACCCAGCAGAGCCGCGGCCCCACGCAGCCUGGCAAGGAUGGCAGCAGCAGUGCCAGCAGGUCUCCCCCAGGCACCCAGCACCCUCGUGGGCAGAGCUUCGUGCAGAGCCACUUCCAGGCCCAGUACAGGUCCUCCUUGACGUGCCCUCACUGCCUGAAGCAGAGCAACACCUUCGACCCCUUCCUGUGCAUCUCCCUGCCCAUCCCGCUGCGCCAGACCAGGGCUCUGAACGUCACGCUGGUGCUGCAGUGCGAGCGCUGGCGUUUCGUGCGGGUGGGCCUGGCCGUGCCGCUGCUGGGCACCGUGGCCGACCUGCGGGAGAUGGUGGCGCGGGAGGGCCGCGUCCCGCCGGAGCAGGUGAUCCUGGCCGAGCUGUCCCCGCGGGGCUUCCUGCGCUCCCUGGCCGACCCCGAGGCGCUGGCGGCGGCCGGCGAGGCCGCGCCCGUCUACGCCUUCGAGCCGCCGCCCGCCCGCCGCGCAGGGUGUCCGCGCAGCCUCCCUGCGUCCCCCGCAGCACCGCAGCCAGAGGGGCCGCGCCUGCUGCCCAGCACCGCCCGCUCCUCCGACUGCCUGCACCGCGCGCCGGGUGGCCGCAUCCUGCUGCUGCUCUGCAACACGGCAGGCACAGGGCUGCAGCUUGCCAGGUUUGGGCCGCCGCUGGUGCUGCGGGAGGAGCGCGGCAUCUCCUGGGAGCAGCUCCAGCAGAACAUCCUGGCCCAGCUGAGAGGGGUGCUGCGGGGAGAGGUCUGGCCACAGGGCACAGGAGCCCUUUUCCGGAUCCGCCUGGCUGAGGGCAUGGCCCCCUGCACCUACCUGUCCCCUCAGGAUCCCCAUCCUCUCUGCCACCCUGCCAUUGACAGGGCCCUGCUGCUGAGCGGGGCCGGGGGCCCUCCCCAUGUGAGGCUGACGGUGGAGUGGGACAUGAGCACCAAAGAGCGGCUGUUUGGGAGCAUCCAGGAGGAGGUGGUGCAGGAUGCGGAGAGUGUGCAGCAGCAGCAGCAGGCGCACGGGCAGCAGCACAGCUGCACCCUGGACGAGUGUUUCCAGCUCUACACCAAGGAGGAGCAGCUGGCUCCGGACGAUGCCUGGCGCUGCCCGCACUGCAAGGUGCCCCAGCAGGGCACAGUGAAGCUCAGCCUGUGGACGCUGCCCGACAUCCUCAUCAUCCACCUGAAGCGCUUCCGGCAGGUGGCCGAGCAGCGGCACAAGCUCACCACGCUGGUGAGGUUCCCGCUGAGGGGGCUGGACAUGGCCCCGCACGUGGCACAGCGGGGCCAGCCCGGGGGACAGCUCCUGGGGCGCUGGGCGCCCUGGCAGCACCCUCUGCGCCUGCCCCCGGGCUGCCCCCGCGACCACCUGUACGACCUGUACGCGGUCUGCAACCAUCACGGCAGCAUGCAGGGCGGCCACUACACUGCGUUCUGCUGCAACGCCCUGGACGGGCGCUGGUACAGCUACGACGACAGCCGGGUGGAGGGGGUGCGCGAGGCCGAGGUGAGCACCCGCAGCGCCUACAUCCUCUUCUACCAGCGCCGCCGCGCCGCCGGCUCUGGCACAGGCUCCGCCGCCUCCGCGGGGCACUGGGUGUUCCGCCUGGCUGCCUCCGAGCCCCGCGCCGACCCCCGCACCGACCCCGACCCCUCGGGCUCUGUCGCCGCCCCGGAGAACGGCGGGUUCGAGGCACGGCCCCCGGUGCGGGGGCUGCAGGGGCUGCACGGUCGCAGCCUCAGCGUCCGGACUGCCCCCGCCGGACCCCCGGGACUGGGGGAGCCGGGCCCCCCCCGCGCCCCUCGACGGCUCCGCCGGGCCGCCAGCGCAGAGGGGACCCCACGCCGGCCGCCCGCGGGCCCCGGCAGCCCCGGGGCAGCGGUGCCGCAGGGGGACGCGGGUGUCCCCCCGGGCCGCCGCCCCCCCGGCCCCUCGGUGUUGGGGCGGUCGCGGAGCUCAGCCAGCCUCCCCCCCCGACCCGAGGGGGCACUGCGCAGAUCCGCCUCGCUGGGCAGGGGCGCAGGGGGACCUCCCCUGGCUGCCCGGGGUUCCUCCGGGGCCACCCUGCAGCGGGGUCGGCAGACCCCCGUGCCCCUGCGCCCCUUGGCCGUGCCCGAGUCCAGCUUCUGAGCCAUGGAUGGGGAGGCAUCGCCUCCCAUCAGCUGUACUGCAGGUCCUGAAUGGAUCGGGGAGCUCCCCAACUGGGGCUGUCCCACUGCAAGGGUGCCUGAACAAGGGACCCCAAACCAGGAUCAUCCUGGCGGGGGGCAUCCUGAGCUGGGGGUUCCCAACCCAGGGACUUCUGAGCCAGGGACAAAGCAAAGCAGGGUAUCCUGACCCAGAGGCUCCCAAAUGGAAUCCUGACAUGGGGGCUCCUGCCUAACCCGGGGCACCCCAGAUCCUGAUCCAGAAGCAUUCCAAACCAGGAGCAUCCCUAGCUGGGGGUUUCAGAUCUGGGCUCAUCCCGAAGUGGUGGCUCUGAACCCGGGAGUCUCCCAGCGUGGGGCCAUCCCAAACAGGGCAGGUGCGUGCAGGGUCCCCAGCUCUGCCACACCAGAGUAUUUAUUGUACCAGGAGAAUUUUAUUCAGAUACGCUUUUUGUUUUCUAAAAGGCGACUAUUUGGGGGUGGGGGGUCGCCCACACCUCUGUCUAUGCAAUCCCCGAUUCCUGCAGCCAGCUUUUGUACGGGGCUCUACCCCACCGCCGGCAGUUUCUAUUAAAGACACGUGAAACAA